UUGGCCGACGACGACUCCUCUCCCCGGUUGACACUGUACGGGUAUGGAGAGGUGCGGGAGCUGGUCGGACUGCGAGGUGGCGGCGGCGGCGGCGCAGAAGGCGGUGCCGGCGCCGUUCCUGACCAAGACGUACCAGCUGGUGGACGACCCGGCCACUGACCACAUCGUCUCGUGGGGGGACGACCGGGUGUCCACCUUCGUCGUGUGGCGGCCGCCGGAGUUCGCGCGCGACAUCCUACCCAACUACUUCAAGCACAACAACUUCUCGUCGUUCGUCCGCCAGCUCAACACCUACGGGUUCAGGAAGGUCGUGCCGGAGAGGUGGGAGUUCGCGAACGAGUUCUUCAGGAAGGGGGAGAAGCAGCUGCUCUGCGAGAUCCACCGCCGGAAGACGUCGUCCGCGUCGACGGCGUCGCCGUCUCCACCGCCGUUCUUUGCGCCGCCGCACUUCCCUCUGUUCCACCACCCUGGUGUCGCGGCGGCUCAGCACCACCACCCGUUCGUGGGCGACGACGGGGUAGUGGCGGCGCAUGCCAUGGGCGUGCCGUUCCCGCAGCCGCAUUGGCGGGAGCCGAACAUGCCGGUCGCGACGAGGCUGCUCGCGCUAGGCGGUCCUGCGCCGUCGUCAGCGUCCGCGGCGGAGUCCGGCGGCGCCGGGCGCGCGGCCACCGCCGCGGUGCUGAUGGAGGAGAACGAGCGCCUCCGGCGGAGCAACACGGCGCUGCUGCAGGAGCUGGCGCAUAUGCGCAAGCUCUACAACGACAUCAUCUACUUCGUGCAGAACCACGUGCGACCCGUGGCGCCCAGCCCGGCGGCGGCCUCGUUCCUGCAGGGCCUCGGUAUGCAGGCGCGCAAGAAGCCCGCUGCUGCCAACGUUCUCAACAACUCCGGCGGGAGCACAACGUCGAGCAGCUCGCUGACCAUCGCCGAGGAGCCCUCCCCUCCGCCACAGCAGCAGCAGCUCGCCGCCGAAAAGAGCGGCGGGGAGGCAGGCAGCAGCAGCGCCCCUCGGUCAACGGCGCCGACCAAGCUCUUCGGUGUACACCUCAGCACCGCCCCGUGCGGGGCGGGCAGCAAGAGACCGUCUUCCCCGGAAGAGCACCCGCCCACGUCGCCCGCCACGAAGCCUCGCCUGGUGCUGGAGUGCGACGACCUAAGCCUGACCGUCGCGCCGUCAUCGUCGUCGCAGCAGCAGCCAUCCGGCACCUCGUCUCCAACAAGCACUAGCUAGUCAGUCAGCACGCAUGCACGUGCGACACGACGAUCAUUUUGCUGUUCUAAUCCGACGCGUUUAGCUUCCUAGUUAGAUCAACCUCUUUUGUUGUCGCGGUCAUGGUUAGGGUUCUAAUUGCUCCACGGUGCAAAAGCCCCAAGCCUCACUUGAACCUUGGUGCAUGCCACCGUGUGCCGGACUAAUCGAACAAGCCAAUCAGGUUUUCUGUACAGAUGUAACGCAGCGUCGCAGCCCAACUACACACUACGUACGUACUCCUACGUAACGUAGCAGUCGAGGGGCUGACCGUGAUAAUGCUUCAAGAAUCCAACGAUCUUUUGGACGGCAAAGCCCGG